CACUACCUCCCCUCAUCUUGACCUUUUUUUUUACCUUUACCAUUUAAAAAAGGGGCGCGCCGAGCAAAGCGAAAAUGAAGAUUGUGGAUAAGCCAUCAACAAGUCCUUUCAACUUUUUCCGCACUUUGUGACUCCAGGAGCCACCUGCGCGCGCAGAAUGACGCGCACCUUUCGUUUUUAGACGCCGAGGUUGUUGACAAGUCAGCUCACCUGUUUUGUUUUGGUUCUUGGGCGGCGAUGGGCUCCCUCAUUAGGACCCCGGCCACUCUGCCUGCUUGGAAAACCACUUUUUUACUUUUAAACAUCAUCUCAGCCGCCUGGACCAAAAGGCACGCAGUGUUUUGGAACUCCACCAACAACAGGUUGACAACAGGGGCACUGUCCAUCCAGGUGAGCCUGAACGACUACCUGGACUUCUACUGCCCGCACUAUCCCACCAAGCAGUCCCUGGGCGCCAAGGAGCCAGAGACUCUGGCCCUCUACCUGACCGAGGAGGCGUCUUUCCAGGGCUGCGUGGAGAACAAGGUGGCCAUCAAGCGGUGGGAAUGCAACACCCCCGACGCCCCCUUUGGACCUGUGCGCUUCUCGGAGAAAGUCCAAAGAUUCACCCCCUUCUCUCUGGGAUUUGAGUUUUUGCCAGGACACCACUACUAUUAUAGCUCUCUACCCACAGAUGAAGGGCCUCCACUGCCGUGUAUGAAGCUGCGUGUCACCGUGUGCUGCGAGAGCGCGUCCACGGGCAAGCAAAAACAAGCGACCAAGCCCUUCAAUUGCGUUUGCCCGUCGAGGACGCCGUCGCUUCCCUUCCUCCUCCUCCUCGCCCUCCUGCUGACCACCUGACCUGCCCGCGCCCGGUCACCGGCGAGACGACGCUCAGAUUAAAAAAGAAAAAAAGGACAGCGAGAGACGAUCCACGCGGUCCCCAUGCGUGCCAAGAUCGUGCCGACGGCGCCUUGCGCGCAAACGCCCGACGGGCGUAUCGCACAUCGCCUUUACUCAGGGUCAAGCAAGAGAAUCCAUCACAAUCACUAAUCAUCGCAUAGUAUCAUACUCGACACUUCAUUUUUGUACAGUCAACAAAAGCACGAUAUCAUCCCCACUGACUUUUGAUAUCGAUACUAUGGAUAUUUGUAUCGCCCAGCCCUCUUUUACAGAACUAGUAACCCCCACUAGGUUACCCACUGCACUACUUGUACACUGAUACUGGUAGUGGGUAUUGUCCAGCAUCAAUACAGCUGCGCCCCCUGCUGGGAUCUAACUGGUUCUACUGGAAUGGCCCCUCCAAUAGGUCUUUUGUAUUAAUAAUAAUAAUGAUGAUGAUAAUAAUAUGCUUUGUCCUCUCUGAUCAGACCCCCCUCUGUGCUGCCCGCCAGGGGUAAUUGUGGGUAAACCGAACAGUCUUCUAUUGUCUUCACUGUGUUAGUUAACAAGCGCUGCCAAAAUAUGCUUAUUAAUAGUGUUUCAUUGUUUUAGUAACAACUUUCCCUUUGAAAUGUGGCUUCUCACACUACUUGUGUUUAUACAUCCAUAUAAACACAAACAGGUGCAUCUCAGGAAAUGAGAAUAUGGAGCAAAGGUCAUUUGAAUUCAGACUAUGAGGCCAACCAAUGUUUUUGCAGGUUUCUUUCCCAGGAUUUAUAUCAUUCAACUUUUUUUUGUAAAUAAUUUUUUCAUGUAAAAAAACACACUCUAUUUUUUUUUUAACAAUAAAGCUUUGUUUUUGCAAAAAAUAAAGAGUUCACCAGACAAUUUUAGGUUUGCACCAACUGAAGUCUCAUAGAAUUAGAGAAAUAAAAUCCAAAUAUGAAAUAAGUAGCAGUCAACUUUUCAUUCAAUAGCAUGAAGUGCAGCAUCUUUCAAUUAGCACUGUAUGUAGGCAAUGGGGGAAAAUAUACAUUUAAAAAAUUAUAUUGCGGUGAAAAAAAUGUGUAUAUUUUCUUAAAUAACUAAUUUAUGUUGUAAAAAUCUGUACAAAAAACAUUAUAAUCCAUCUAUGUAAAGUUUUUAAAAGCAUAGAUUAUUGUGUCCAAACUAUUGAGUGGUACUGUAAAUAUAAAUCCUAGCUGUAUUAAACUAAUUUCGACAAUCUAGUCCAGGAGUGUCUCAGGGGCCGCAUGGAGGAAAAUCUGUGACGAUUAAAAUCAUGGCAUUAAAAGUAAAAAAAAUAAAGACAACUUCAGAUUUGUUUUCUUUGUCUUACUUUGGCUAAAAAUAGAACAAACACAUUCUGAAAAUAUUACAAUAAAAAUAUAGAAAAAACUACCGGCAGCGGUAAAGUUUAGAUGCAUGAAGGAAAGAAGAAAGUGAAUGAAUGUUUAUAACUGAAUAAAAUAAAUUAAUAAAAAUGUGUUUUCUUUUGUAUUAUUUUGUUUUUUUAUUAAUUAAGUAACGUUUAUGACAACCUUUUUCCAAAACACAAUAUAGAAUGUGAGCUAUAACAGGAUAAUGCUUACAUUUAUCAUUUGUUUUCAAAACGGUUACAAAAAAGUGGAAAACUCAAAAAUGUACUGUAGGACCCCAUUUUUAUGACUUGAUGGGGUCCCUUUGACCCCAUUUUGAAAAUUUGAAAAUUCUUAGUGCCAACACUGAUGGAGUAUUGGUGCGUGCAAAACAGCAGCAGGUGGCUGUGGCCUGCGGGCCGGUUCUAAUACUAAUCAAAUAUCCAUAGAUAAUUUAUUCGCGGGUCAAUUUACAAAAAAAUAUUGCAAAAAAAACACAAAAGUGUAAAACUGCACCAUACUUUGUCUUGUAAAGACAACUUUGCCUUCAUACAUGAUUUUGACAACAAAUAGUAAUAACAAAUAACUUUUUUUUUAAAUCUGUAAACGAUAUAUUCUAAUUUAUUGAGAUGCACCUCAUUACAUAUUGUAGAUAUUCACGCCACGUGUGCCACAAUGUAGUUUUGCAAGCUAAAUUCAUUAUUUUGGGUGAUUUUAAGAUUUUUGUAGUUUUAGUCACUGAAGCAAUAAAUUCAAUGAAAAUAUACAUAUUAAUAAUCAUGUGCAUAGAAUUUACCAUAUUAAAUAAUUAAAUUAAUAUAUAUUUUUGAAAACUGAUGAUUUACUUGUAAGGUGCUUUAAGUCUAUUUCCGUAAAACUACAUUGUUGGCACUCGGGUUAUUUAAGUGAUUAUUAUUGCCACUUUUUUUUUUUUACUUCUAUUUUGGGUGCUACCGUUUCUUUAUUCUUCUUUUUUUUUUUUGUAAAGUAAUUUCUGUCCCCCAUAAUGUUUAGUUAUUUGUGUUUAUGUGUGUAAUGUUCUGUCAGCGUUCACAUUAUAGUGAAGAAUGUAGCUUCUUCUGUGAAGAGACAACUGCAAUCUGAGCCUUUUCUUUUUUUUAACAUUGUAAUACAAAAAUAAAAUGUGGUUGCAUUGAGGAAACUGUCAUUGUAUCACCCACACACGCACACAUACACACAAUCUUGUAUUUUUUACCUUCUUGAGACCUCCGA